UGCACUCGCCAUAUCAAGCAAGUGCUCACUCGCUCAUCUUCUUCUUCUUCCUCUUCUCACUCGAGGUGAAGGAAUAGUUAACACUGGUGUGAGCAUGAGCGCGGCCAAGAACCUUGUCAGGCUCCUGAUCGUCGUGCAGGUGGCCGCCGGCCUGGCAGGGGCGCCCGGCGUCGCCGCGCUCAGCAUGGACUACUACGGCAUGAGCUGCCCGUUCGCGGAGAUGAUCGUCCGCAGCGUCGUCGGCGAGGCGCUCAUGAAGGACCCCACCCUCGCCGCCGGCCUCCUCAGGCUUCACUUCCAUGACUGCUUCGUGCAGGGCUGCGACGCGUCGGUUCUGCUGGACUCGACGGCGGGGAACACGGCGGAGAAGGACGCGCUGGCGAACAAGAGCCUGCGAGGGUACGAGGUCAUCGACCGCAUCAAGCAGAUCAUGGAGGCGCAGUGCCCUGGCAUCGUCUCCUGUGCCGACAUCAUCGCGUUCGCCGCCAGGGACGCCGUGUUCAUGGCGGGCGGGCCCUACUACGGCGUGCCCAAUGGGCGGCGCGACGGGACCCGUUCCAGCGCCGCCGACACCAUAGCCCUCCCGGCGCCGACCCUGAACGCGUCGACGCUCAUCCAGAUGUUCGGCUCGCACGGCCUCAACGCCCGGGACAUGGUGGCGCUGUCGGGGGGCCACACGCUGGGCGUGGCCCACUGCGCGUCGUUCAAGAACCGGCUGCAGGGCGAGGCGGCGACGCUGGACGCGUCGCUGGCGUCGUCGCUGGGCGCCACCUGCGCCAACGGUGACUCCGCGACGGCGCCGUUCGACCGGACGAGCAACGCGUUCGACGGCGUGUACUUUCGGGAGCUGCAGUCGCGGCGGGGCCUGCUGAGCUCGGACCAGACGCUGUUCGAGUCGCCGGAGACGAGGGCGCUGGUGAACAUGUUCGCGACGAACCAGGCCUACUUCUUCUUCGCUUUCCAGCAGGGGAUGCUCAAGAUGGGGCAGCUCGACCUCAAGGAGGGAACGCAGGGCGAGAUCAGGAAGAGCUGCCGGGUCGUCAACUCCUACUAGACGAAGACUGCAAGCUAGCUACUAUGUAUUGUGGCCGAUUGUGUCAGGAGAGUGUGUGCUUAAUUAUGUCUUGUAAAACUAGAAAAACAAAGCAUGGCACUAAGCAUAUAUAUAAUACAUGUGCCCAUGCAUGCAAAUUAGAGGCAGAACUUGAUAAGGCGAAAGCAAAUAAUCCAAUGAUCUAGUAUAACUAUAUAAUGUUACAAAUAAGUAAACGA